AUCGAGUUCAAACGAAAAAGUCGGAAAUUGGGAGAGAAGUUGCUCAAGAAGAAAUCGUCAAGCAAAAUAUGGAAAGAGCAUAAACUACGUACUGCGGAGAAACGUGAAAAGGCGUUGCUGGCUGCGCAUGAGGAAUUAAAGCAACUUGCUAAAAGUGCUGAAACAGGUCAACAUAUAAGAAAGGAAGGAAGCAAAUUUUCAAUAUCGAUAGCUGUUCCUGGUUCAUUUCUUAAUAAUGGGCAAAGCUCCGAAUUACGCACCUACAUGUCUGGCCAGAUUGCGCGCGCUGCUACACUAUUUUGUGUGGAUGAUGUGAUCAUUUAUGAUGAAACAUGUAAAAUGACUCAGGAAAAUGUUGAUGCGUACUGGUCUGGGAAGUGGAGAGGGGAUAUAGCACCUUCUGAUUCAAAUUUUGAAGCAUGCUUCCAUUUGGCACGAAUAUUGGAAUAUGUUGAGUGUCCGCAGUAUUUGAGGAAAUACCUAUUCCCAUUCCAAAAACCGUUGAAG